AUGGGAGUCGAUACGGAUGGUGACGAAGGAACAUUCUACGACAUGUGGAAGUCAUUUGGUCGAUGGGGCGUCAAGGUUCUAGAUAGAGUCACAGUGGAUGUGUCCACCACUCAAAUCUUUUCUCAGCGACAGGCGCUUUUAGCCACGCUCGAUUCCCCACCAUUUGAACUUCCUCUCACCGCCAAUCCCUCAUAUGACAAUUCGUGGUUAUCCCCAUUGUCUUUGACUCUUUUUGUCGUCCCCACGCAGAACGCAUCUGAUAUAAACCAGUUCGUGCAUGACUCCUGGCAUUUGGGUGCUGCGUCUCGUGAUCAUCUCUGGGGGCUCCAUGGACAAAGGCGGUUGGAGGCAAAUUCUAAAGUUUCAGAGAUCAAGUAUAGAGACUCAGUUAUCCAUGAAACAAGCUACAGCAACACUGGCAGUUUUGCCAAUCCCUGGCUUGCCUACCCCGGGCAAGGACGUACCCCUACGAUCCAUUUCGCAGCUGAUCAUGUUGCAGUCUUUCGGCGUGGAGUCUGA